AUGUUCGGGAUGGAGAAAAAGCCGAAGGAUGAACAAAACGAAGAACGCGCCUUCGAGAGCCAAGUAGUUUAUAUUGAAAACACGGAGAAAAAGUUUCAUACAACGUCCAUCAAGAAGCAAACGAAUAAUCCAACAUUUGAAGAAUCCUUCACAUUCCAGCUCCCCAAACACGAUUUAGCGAAUCAAAUCAUGCGCUUAGAUGUGUUGUCAAUCGAAAAAACUAAACGGACUCUCCUCAUAGGGUUCAUUACCUGUCCUCUCAACAUCCUUACCAGAACAGAAACCCUGUGGCGACCACUAAGAAUUGCUCGGGACCUUCAACUCGGAGAGGGUUCUAAUACGUCCCUGUUCUACUUAUAA